CAGGCAGGUAUGCUCGUGGAAGUCAACGAAGAUGUCAACUUCAUCGACGAAAUAGCGAACCUUCCCGCGGCACCGCUGUACACCGGUGCAAAAGACGAGGCAGAAGAAGGAGAGAACGCUGCCGGCGGGAAUGGAGGCCACGGCGCGUCUCAUGCUGGAGGGCAGCGGUCAGGACACCGCGGAGGCGGCUCCUGGAGUGGUGGCGGUCAUCAAGGUGCCCAAAGGGAGCAGAACUACAACAACCGCGGUGGCGGUAAUAGCAGCAACUCAUCGUCUUCAAACAGUGGUUCUUUGUCUAAUGGCAACUCAUCGUCAAACAACAAUAGCAACGGCAGUGGAGGAGGCGGUGGAGGUAAGCAAAAUCGUUCCUCUUCGUUGUCGGGUGGAGGUACGUCGAGUCAACAUUCGUCGGGCAACAACAAUAAAAAUACUACUAGUGGAUCUGGUUCGGGCUCUGGUGAAGGUGGAGGCAACGGGGGAGACCACGAGAACGGAGGUGGCAGUGGAGGCGGAGAUAGCAAAAGGCGCAAAUCCAUCUACGCUGACGAGGCAGGUGGCACUGGCGAUGGUGAUCAAGGUGGUGACACCUGGAACACCGUCCGCAAGAAGAAAGCCUUUCGCGGCCAGCAAAACGGUGGAGGUGCAGGUGGGUCUGCGGGAGGCCAGCAGAGCGGAACGUCCAGUGGGACUGCCAAUCAAAACAAAAAUGGCGCGACGAACCGCAAUAAUAACUUGGAUGUACUGCAAAACGAUGAAGAGGAAUCCGAAAACGAGGAGCAUUGGCAAGGCGACUCCGAAAACAACAACAAACACCAGUCCAACAAUAGUCGUGGCAAUUUAAAAACGCAGGCUGGCGGUUCCUCCUCAUCAUCAGGUGCAAGAGACAGCGGUUACAACUCUAUUAAAAAUCAAAAGGGGCACGGCGCAAGCCAGGAUGCAAAGAGCCAGCACUUGGCGACGCCACCUGCAGACGCUAACUAUCUCAGGCAUUGUCUUCGCG